AUGAAUCGCACAAAGAAUUCACAGAAUUCAUAUCAAAAUGGCAAAUCACAGUCAUCUUCUCGCCAGACACUCGCGGCAUAUGGCGAGUUAAUGCGAGUGCACCGACCCCUAGGGUUCUAUCUGAAUACAUCCCCCUAUAUUGUCGGUGUUGCGUUUGCUUCAUCGAUUUCGUCAACUCAAAUCCCGCUGAAUGCCAUUGCACAGCGCACCAUGCUUCUUGCAGCUUGGUCCUUCUGCCUGCGCUGUGGCGGGUGCGUUUGGAACGACCUCGUCGAUGCAGACCUGGACCGCCAGGUUUCACGAACAAGAUCUCGACCAAUUCCUCGUGGAGCUGUUUCAAAAGCUGACGCUGCUUUGUUGGCACUUGUUAUCUUCGCCUGUGGAUGGUAUAUGGUGUUCUUUCUACCACGAGCAUGUAUUUUUGACGCCUCGAUAAUCACCGUCUCUGCCUUGAUUUAUCCCUUCGGCAAGCGAUAUACUGAUUACCCCCAACUUACUCUCGCCAAUAUCGGCUGGGCGAUUCCUAUGGCUAUGCACAGUUUUGAAUUGAAGCCCCUUGCUCGGCUCAAGCCCACUCUGUGCAUGUAUAUGUUUAUCGCGACGGUGAUUAUCAUGAUCGAUGUGAUUUACUCGAGACAAGAUACUGAGGAUGACACGAAAGCUGGUGUCAGAAGCAUGGCUGUGCGGUUCCGAGAUAGUAUUCAUCUCGUAGCAUAUUCUCUCCUCAUUGCCUCCACUGUUUUUCUUGCGACCGCGGGGGCUUUGACUGGGCUUGGUUUGCCAUUCUUCAUUGUAUCAGUUGCUGGACAUUUUGUGGGCUUCUCAAUUCUGCUGCAGGCUUCCCGAGUUGGAAAGUCUUCAAAGGUGGAGGCUUAUUCAAAAUCUGCUUUCUUCCUUGCUACCGUUUUCUGGGUACUCGGUUUCGUCAUUGAAAACUGUCUCGGCCACUGA